GUUGUCUAUGAAUCUAAUACAAACAAUAACUAUUGAAUAGUCUGAUGUGUAUUGCAAAAUAAAUUUUCAGGAAACAAGGAACGCCUUUCCAACUUGAAAAGAAUAGAACUUCCGCUGCAGGACAAAACGGCUCCACAAUCCGAUGGCGCAUUACUCGGCAGAUGUAGUUGCAAAUAAACAACGACAGGAAACUCCGACUCCGAGCACGUUCGGGAUCAGCACAAUAAAGCCGAAGUUUCCGCACUAUGCGCAGAUUUCCAAGAGGUUUGAGUCUUUUGAAGAGGCAGCGAACCCCUGGCCGAAGCAUUCUCCUGUGAAGAUCGAGGACCUAGUUGAGGCAGGAUUGGUGUACACAGGCGUUGGAGAUAGUGUUCGAUGCUACCACUGUGGUGGUGGAUUGCGUAACUGGGAGGAUGGAGACAGCCCUAUGGAAGAACACGCCAAAUGGUACCCAAACUGCCAGCACGUCCUCAUAGCCAAGGGGAAGCAAUUCAUUCAACAGAUUGGAUCUGGGCAACGAACGGAGACUGAUGGACAAAUCCAGAAUCAGCGGCCAGCGGUUCACAAGAAAGAUCCAUUUGAAAAGGACAAAAUCAUUAUUCAAACAUUAAAGGAGUUUGACUUUUCUGAAGACCAAUCAAAACAAGCCAUACAAUUGUUUAUGCUAAAAAAUGGAGGCAAGACAAAUUACGAAGCAAAAGAUUUGAUGGUUAUUCUUUGGGAGGUCGCUGAAAACCCUGAUAUGUUGAACAUUUUGAAUAAUCACAACGACCGAACAGAAGAAUGCAGUGAAGGAAUGGAACGCAUGACUGUGGAUGAUGAGCCUGAAGAUGAAGCUGAUGCCAUGUCAUCGGCCGAUAUCGCCACAUUAGAAGAGGAAAACAAAUCAUUGAAGCACAAAACCCUCUGCAAGAUCUGCUUGGACAAGCGUGCAGACAUCAUCUUCUUGCCCUGUGGUCACAUGGUCAGUUGUCCAAUGUGUGCUCCGGCCUUGGCCUGUUGUCCGAUCUGUCGCAAAGGAAUCAUGGGUCUUGUUAAGGCUUAUUUCGCAACUCGAUCUGAACUAGUUGACUGCGAAGAUUCUUAAAAUAAAUCCACAUCGCACCUGUGGUUGCCGAUCCAACAUUAACACUCUAAUAUUAACGGUAUAUAUAUAUAUAUAUAUAUAUAUAUAUAUAUAUAUAUAUAUAUAUAUAUAUAUAUAUAUAUAUAUAUAUAUAUAUAUAUAUAUAUAUAUAUCACAAGACAUUGGCUAUUUCGUUUUAUGCUUAUGCUUAAUGUUAAUUCAAGUGAUCCACACCAAAUAUCUACUGGCCGUAGCUUUUAACUUCACUUUGAAUUCAAUCUCUAUAUUUUAAUUGCCAAUAGCCAACCAUUGACCGAUAUCUAAAUCAUAAAUGGGUAUUGAAUACUGUUUCUAAAAUCUUAAUAUUUUAUCCAGAAUUAUAGAGAUAUCUGAAAGAUGAUAUGAAUGAAAUAAAAACAGAAUUGGAUAUAUAAUGAGGGAUACAAUAGUCAUAUUGUCACAUUACUCUGAUAUUGUCACCCGUUUAUAUUGUAUUAGAUGACAUUGGCGUAAAUCUGCUUUCACAGACUGAAGCACCAGAUAAUAACUCCAAUUAUACAAGUGCAUGUGGUAUGAUGAUGUAUUUCUUUAGUCCUUACAAUAUAUUUAAAACUUGAAAGAGUGUAGAGAACAGCUGUCAUUUGCUGGAAGUUGCGAUUGGUUUAAGCUAGGUGAAAUGUGAAUUUAUUCUUAGUGUUUUUGUAGUAAUGUGAAUAAGUGAAAAUACCACAGUCUUUCUGUUAUUACACAAUUGAUCAUAAUGUAGAAAUAUGAAAUGUAAGAUAUGAAAGAUUUUGUUCUUAGACUGCUGGUAUCCGCAUAUGUGCACUAUCAACAAACUCUUUCAUAUCUAACAUUUCAUAUUAACACCGUAUUGAUUAUGAUUUCGAUAUUUUCAUUACUAUAAUAGAGUAAAUUGCUCACUGAAAUUGCAUAUGCGGAUAUCAAACUCCGCAUAGUUAAAUGUUACAAAUACCAUGAAAGCCCUGCAAUAAAGACAAUUGUUUUAUUAUUAACGUUAAAACCUGAAAACUGCAUUAAAGAGGCGUUUAACUGAUGUAAACAAAAAAAAUUAAUCCGCCAUCCAAUAAACUGUCACAGUGAUAUCUUCACAGUCAUCUAGUUCAGAUGGUAAUGGCGAAAAACAAUGUCAUCCAUUACGUUGCAAGUUUAAUGAUAGGAAAAACGCAUUCCGAAGAUUGGACAUGGGGCGUAAAAUUCGGUUUAUCUAAAACGCAAGAUAAAUAAACAUCACACACAAACAUACUAUUAAAAGAAAAAAUAUGAUAACAUUGUGGAUUACAUUCCGUGCUUCAUUCCAAAAAUGCUGUAUAAAGACAUGACACCUCGAAGAGGACUGUUUGAGGGCAUUCGUUGUGUGAUAAUGUGUAAAUUAUAUUUCGAAUAUAAGAGAAUUACUCGUGUACUGUGUUCAUAAACCUAAUUUAGAAUUGUGUUUUGCUGAGUUAUUUACUUAAGCUUUUAUAAAUGUUACCUUUAUUAUUUGUAAAAAAAAAGUACAUCUCGGUAAGAAUGUGCACUGUUUGAUCGAAUUAUCAAUUUCACAUGUAAAAAACCCGCGUUCAUGUAUAGUUAAUGUUUCUUACAAAAUGUAUAUGUGUUAUUUAAUCAUAUUAUUUAGAAUUAUUAAGAAUCCGUUGCUAACUAAAAUAUAAUAAUCAAUGUAAA